AUGGAUCCGACGGAUGCUCGCUUAAAUGUUCCAGUUGGGCAUUUGAAUGAAUCAGUUGAGGUGUGCUUGGUAGCACCAAGGCCGUUCGACGAGCGACUGAUAGUUUCAGCUCGGGAAACUGAUCGGAUUCGAUCUGAUGACCUAAUGGCUUUAGCACAACAGGUGUCGCAAGCCCGGGAUUUGGUGAAAAAUCGUGCAUGUGAUCGCCUACAAGCCAUCGCUGAACAAAUGGAGUUCUUGCACAUGAAAGCUAAACAAGUGCUGGACGAAGCGGCUAGAGAUGAGAAGCUACAUCAAAUACCAUGUAAUGUUCAAAAAAUCCCCGGCAAACUGUAUCAUUUGUACAAGAAGCAGGACGAGACUAGAUAUUUUUCGAUCUUAUCGCCAAAUGAGUGGAACAGUGAAGAGAAGCGACAAGAAUAUAUUGGGUCUUUCCGAUACGAGUUGGAUCGAAGUUGGACACCAUUGGAAAAGGCGAGUAAACGAGAUGAUCAAUUUCACCAAUUCAGAACAUUACUCGAAAAAGGCCAAUUGAAACAUUUAGCUCUUGAA